AUGUCGCUCGUUAAAACUGGCCCAAAUUUGGAUGCGAUAUUCAAUCACCAAUUAACAAAUGUAACUGGUGAACCACUUACUCCAACAAAAAUAUCUAUUUUCUACUUAGUUCGUACACUUUUCCAUGCUCAUUUCGGAGUCGGAGCCGUGCCGAGUUUGAGACCAUUCAACAAGGCUGAAAAGACUAAAGCGUUCUCGAUACUCUACGGAUUGAUUUUGAGCGAUUCUGAUAUAUCAUACGAUGAUUUUCGAAGAGUUGUAAGAAUGGUGGACAACGAUCUCGGUCGAUGCAUCUACUAUAACUUCAUCUGCAGCAUUGAAAAGUUAGCAUAUGGCGAUGAACAAAUCGAAAUGCUUUUCGAAAAUGCAUUUUAUACAGCGAAAAGGCCGACACAUAUCAAAGUAUUUAAACAAGAACAAGCAGAUCAGGAUAACUUGACAUUUAUGAGCAAUAAUUCGUUUAUGUAUACUUGGAUCAAACGAGUCAUGAUGCAGUAUACAAGAACUUCUCAGGAAGGAAUGUUCAUUAUUACAGAAAGGUUUCGCGAUUGGGUCCUUUCUGGAAAUAUAGAAAAUGUUUCUCCUAUUAAUCAAGGUAUCAACAUGACUCUACCAUUCGAAAUCAAUUGCUCGGUUCGUGCUAGAAAAUGGAUUGAUGACCAGCUGCGAUUCAUUCAGUUUUGUCAGUCAAAAGCAAUGCCGCAUGAAAAAAUUCUUGAUCUGUGCGAUAUUAUUAGUAAACGACAUCGUGAUGUUUUUGAAGUCAAUCUUCUGAAAACAGUUGUCCACAUUCAAUUGAAAAAUCCACCCGAAGCGAUGAAAUCAUUGAAAGUUUUUUUUGAUUUGAGCAUGUUGCAAAUAACUGAUUCUGCGAGACAGGCAUUAAACACUUUGAAACUCAUGAGCCCAUCUCAAAUAGCUCUGAGAUACGGACCUGUUUUGCAGGGAAGGUUGCACAGAAUCUUUGGAGAUAGAAAGUGCGCCAGUGAAUUGUUUUCGGAAAGCAUUCAACAAUCUCAGGUGAAUGUAGAUGACAUGUGUAAUCGAAUAGCAAAUUUGGAAUUGACAAUCAAUGAAGUUCUCAUGUCCGGACCAAUUCUAGAGAGGCUUCCCAGUCACCGAACAAAAGCAAAAAAACAAGACGACGAUGGAAACGAAACGAACGAACGGCGAGUUCUACAAAACACGAUUCAUGCAGCUGCUAACAUUAAUAUUCCCAACAUCAGAGCAUUGCAAAAAGACUUCAAUGAGGAUUACGACCUGCACACGUUUCUUGUUUCCAUGUCAAAGUUCAUGCUUUGUAUUGAGGAUAUGAUGGAUGGAAAAUAUUUCAAGUAUAAUAGCACCGCCGAAUAUGUAUGUGUUGGUUUCAAUCAUCUUCGUCUCAUAUAUGAUUCUCAGAACAAAGGAAGAGCAAUAGAAGAUUUUGCCAACGCAAUUAUGUCAAGUGGACUUAUUCAAAGUGGGAUGUACAAUCAAGCAAGACGCGCUGCUGAAGAAAUUCUGAUGACUAACUGUACAACACCGAGCUGCCCAAAACUAGAGACAGAGAGCCAGGCAGUUAGUGGUGUGAACCUUGCAUACUCUCUGGCUUCAAUCGGAGAUUAUGAUAACGCUUUCAAAACAAUCAACUCACUAAACACGUUGUUUCCUGAACAACUCAGCUGGAUAAGCGCUCGUCACGUCAAGAUUUGUUUCCAAUUAAUUCAGUUUGAGAGGGAUUUUCUUCUCAAUCGGUAUACUGCAUGCUCUGAUCAUUUGAAAGAAAUUGGAUCACUUGCCCCUCUGGAAUACACUUUAAGAAAAUCUCUGCUCCUCGCUGUCACUGGAAAAUUAUCAGAAGCCGUCAAUCUUUUGAAAGAAUAUAAAUGCGUAGAUGUUCGAGGAUUAUUGCGAAUCCAUAUGCAACUCGCCACGAUUGAAGCAGCUUAUGGUCGUUUCGAUGUUUCUGAAUAUCAUCUAGAAGAAGCAGGAAAUAUUGCCGUUAACACACACUUUCAAGAUGCUAGGUUUCUGGUUACAAGACGGUUCGGAAGUAUGAUAUUAGGAAGAAAUAUGCCUGAAGAGGCAUUCAAGGUGCUGAUGCCGUUGUAUUCAAAUGUUGAACGUUUUGGAACGUUCAUCGAGAAAGCAAUCUAUUUUAUGUCGGUGGCUCGCUGUCUCCGUCUUCUUAAGAAAGAUCCGCGGAUAUUUUUGAAAAAAUGCAAAUUGCAAAUACUAAAUGAUAGGUGGCCGUCUAUGGAGAAGCUGUUGUGCUCAGAGCUUACAAUUCUUCAUCACAAAACUGGAAUGUUUCCUGAUGAAAAUAAAGCUACAUGGGCAAUGGAGAGAUUUGGAAAAAUUGAAGUCGACUUCCCUGGCCCAUGUGUAUGGAUAUUCAUCUGA